AUGGCGGAUUCCUCCAGUUCAGCUGCGGCUGCCGGCCCUGGCCAGCCUCAGGCGGCGCCAAAGCCGUCCAACCCGGCCUUCAGAAUGCUUGGAAUGCCCAAUUUCCGAUUCAGACUGCCGUCCCGAAACUGGAUGAUCUUCCUCACCAUAACAGGCUCCUUUAUGGGGGCUCUGGUCUAUGACCGACGUGAGAAGCGACGCGCGCAACAGAAAUGGUCGGAGCUCGUGGCCCAUCUCUCGAAAGAGUCCCUGCCCGUGGAGCAGAUGCGCCGGAGGCUGACCGUCUACCUGGCUGCGCCUCCCGGCGAUGGGCUGCGGGUAGCUCGCGACCACUUCAAGGAAUACGUCAAGCCCAUCCUGGUGGCGGCGGCGCUGGAUUAUACAGUGGUGGAAGGACGACGGGAGGGUGAGGUGCGCGCCAGUCUGGCGGAGAAGAUCCGCAAGUGGAGGCGCAAGUCUGGCGAGCCGAGCACAGUAGUGGAAGAGAUGGGUGUCGAGGAGGUUGUGGCCCAGACGCGGCAGCACAUCGGGGUUUAUGACGAGCCCGGUCCCAAGGGCGACUUGGUGAUCGGCCGCCAUACCUGGAAGGAAUACAUUCGAGGCUUGCAUGAAGGCUGGCUCGGCCCCUUGGACCCUCCGCCUCCGCCACCGGCCCCUGCUGCCCCGGAAGAGAUCCCGUCGAUCGCUGCGUCGGAGGGAGCAGAAGGAGCAGGCGCGGACAAUGCGGCCGGCAACCUUGAGCCGACUGAGAAACCAGAAGACACCCCCGAGCAGAAGACGGAGGACAAAAAGGAAACCGAAGAAAAGGAAAAGCCAUCUAAGCCGGCCGGUCCCACUCCCUCAUACAUUACACCCGCCGAAUACUCGUCUGCUCAUCUCCCUCUUUCUCUCCCCUCGUCCUUCGACAGCUCCGUCCCCAUUGAAUUCCCGCACCUCCUUGGAUUCCUGAACACCCCGAUCCGAAUCUACCGCUACCUUACACAACGCCGCGUCGCCGACAGUGUCGGCCGCGAAGUCGCCGGGAUCGUCCUGGCCGCGAACUCGCGACCCUACCGUGACGAUUCCUUCAGCGCCGACUCCGAACCCAGCGGAGCCAGCGUUGACCCGACCCCAUCGCCCGAUAGCAGCUUUGCCGACCUCUCGCCUCGCAACCUUGAGCAGCAAAGUGUUUUGGAAGACGCAGAAAAGGAAUGGCACAAGUCCGUGCACAAGCGAGACGAGGACGACAAGGAGCGCGAGUGGCUCGAUGACAUUGUGCUCGACCGUCGCAUCGCCUCGCGCAUGCAACGCUCCGUCCUCUCGGAGGACGACGAGGCCCGGUCUCAGCGCAUCGCUGAGCAGAAGGAGUACAUCCUGGGCGAGGAGCGACCGGCUCCCGUUCCCUUCUGGCAGCGCAUGUGGAUCAAGUAUGGGUACGGUGAUGACGAGGAGACUCUCAAGCGGAAGCCCAUUCUGGGUAACAUCGAUGGAGAGGAUGGCGAGUAA